UUUUUAUUUUUUUUUUCAUGUGAAGAUUAUAUUUUCGGUACUUUUAUUUAUAAAAUAUUAUGGACGGGUAGGUUAGACAUUUUGUAACGAAGUUGUGGUGGGAUGGAUGGGCUUUCUUGCGAUUGGGUUCGGUUAAGCAGUAAACUUCGACUUUUCACGUCUUUAUUUUUUUAUUUUUCUAAAUAAGAUGAGUAAGAAAUAAUGGUGAAAUUUUCAUUAGUUUUCUUGAAAGUGUGUUUGCAAUUUUAUUGAGGUAGUCCCAACCACUGCAUUAGGUAUUUGAUGAAGUUAUUGCAUUAGGUAAGAUACAGAUGAGAUUAGAUGCUGAGCCUCUCCCUCUAUUCUCUUUUGUGUACACCAUACCAUAUUGUACCCAACCCUAGCUUUUGCUCCUAGGAAUUGCUCUCUGUAGGGCCAUCCAAGAUUUGGGACCGCCUCGCAUGGACAAGGUCUAUUACUAGUCUCGAAUUAAUAAAAAAAAAAAUUUAUGAAAAUAAUUAUUAUGUUGCGAAUUUAUUGAAAAUCAUUUUGUUAUUUAUUUUAUUAUAAUAACAUAUUAUCGUAUAUAAUUAAUUUAUCAUGACUCAUGAAUUUUUAAGAGUAGACAUAUUUCAUGGAUAAGUUUUAGGGGUUCACCAUAUCGCUUUCCUCUUAAUUUUGGGACAAUGACACCCUGAGCUACUUCACAUUUGAUUUCAUAUUGAAACAUUCCAUUAUGAUGAAAUUUGAUAAGGUCUUCCUUCUGACUUCUGCUUAUUAUAUUUAUACAUGAUUAAUGUCAUGCAGCAAGGCACUACCUAUUCAACACCCCUCAGAAACCAUGAUCGGAGUAUUAUAUUACGGGGAAUCGAAUUUUUUUUUAAAAAAAAUUGAAGUAUCAAAUUCGUGUACCAAAAUACCCCUGGUGUGACGCAAAGGCCAAGCCCCAGUGCUGGGGUGUAUUGGUCAUUUCAUUUAUUAAAAAAAGAAAAAAACAGAAAAGCCCGGGAAGGAAGAAUCACCGAUUCAUCGUACCAGCACCACAGAAGAAAGAACUGCUCUUUGUUUGAAACUGUCAGCAACCAAAAUCCCAACACCAAACAUUGGCCCUCGCAAAUGAAAUGCCCAAACUACAUUCCGUUUCCAAUUUCAAUCCUCUCUCUCUCUCUCUCUCUUCAAAGCUCUGCAACGUUUGUGGCUGCCAGCUAAUGCUAUGAUUCGGCCAUUGAUUCCCGCCUGCGCCCUUCUUGUGUUCUUCGUUUGCUCUGUUCCUCUCUCUUCUACCCAACCGGGUUCGCCUCAAAAUAUUGAAACUUUCUAUCCGUCUCGCCCUCCAGCAGCUCCCCCGAUUGCAAAUUCGCCUCCUCCGCCCACCCCCUUGGCUCCAAUUUCAAAAGGGCCGCCGCCGUCGCCAUUGGUGGCCGCAGCACCGCCAAAGGAAUCAUCCAAUGGUGCUGUCGCGAAGGCAGUGGCUGGAGCUGCAGCGAGCUCCUUGGUCAUUGCUGGGUUCUUCUUCUUUGUGGUGCGGAGGUACACCGUUGCACGACGCCGGAGCGAGAGAGCCGGCGGUACUGGCCCUGAUGGAGGUGAGGAUGUUGCGCCUGGCCGACUCAACGGAGAUCUCAAGGGGUUGAUUGUGGAUGAGAACGGGUUGGAUGUGAUUUACUGGAGAAAGCUUGAAGGGGGAAAACUGAAGAACAGUUUUAGAAGAGAGUUGCAACAUCCAAAAGUUGAAAAGGAGGAAGAUGAAGAGAUGAUCCAGAGAAGUGAUGGUUGCAGGAAAACCGAGCCAGUUCAAGAGAUUCCCCUGCUUUGGGAUGAAUCUUCAACUUCCAGCAAUCAAGUUUGGCCAGGGAGAGCCCAUAACCAAGUUAUUUCCUCCUCUGGAAUUGCUUUGAAAGCUUUGCAAAAAACAGGAUCAUCAAUUCACCCAUCAACUCGUGCAGAAAAACCAGAAUCAUCAGUUAAAACCUUGACACCUCCACCACCACCACUGCCUCCUCCCCAGCCGCCACCUCCCCCACCACCUUUAUUGGCAAUUCCAAAGAAGCAGGGUCUUGCAUCAGUCUCAGCAAAGAAAAAUCAGGCACCACCGCCUCCUCCACCGCCUAAGACUGGCAGUUUGGCUCUUCCAUCAAAACCACUGCCACCGCCGCCGCCACCACUGCGGCCACCACCAGCAGCAGAACCGAAGGGGAUGCCAAGUGAUGAUAAACCAGGACAGACUACCUCCAGGGAAAGCAUGACAGGAAAUGCGAAUGGCCAGGUGAAACUGAAGCCAUUGCACUGGGACAAAGUGCACACAAAUACUGAUCAUUCCAUGGUUUGGGACAAAAUUGAUGGUGGCUCUUUUAGGUUUGAUGGUGAUCUCAUGGAAGCCCUCUUUGGAUUUGUAGCAACCGACCGGAAACCUCCCCAGAGGAAAAGCGAUUCAAUCAACACAAAUGGUCGCACUUCAGGUCCACCAGCUCAGAUUUUCAUCCUCGAACCCCGGAGAUCUCAAAACACUGCGAUAGUGAUACGAUCAAUUGCUGCAUCACGCACAGAGAUACUUGAAUCAGUGACCGAUGGUCAAGGCCUAACUGUUGAUACUCUGGAGAAGCUCAUGAAGAUUGCCCCAACUAAAGAAGAAGAAUCCCAAAUCCUUGCCUUCGAAGGAGACCCUACUAGACUCGCUGAUGCUGAAUCCUUCCUAUUCCACCUCCUGAAAGCCAUUCCGUCAGCUUUUACCCGUCUGAAUGCUAUGCUUUUCAGAUUGAAUUAUGACUCUGAGAUCCUCCACCUCAGGGAAUCUAUGCAAACUCUUGAGCUGGGGUGUAAGGAGCUUCGAACUCGUGGGCUCUUCUUGAAACUCCUGGAAGCCAUCCUCAAGGCUGGGAACCGCAUGAAUGUUGGGACUGCCAGAGGCAAUGCCCAAGCCUUCAAUCUCAAUGCACUUCGGAAGCUCUCGGACGUUAAAAGCACAGAUCGAAAGACUACUUUGCUUCACUUUGUUGUGGAAGAGGUAGUCCGGUCCGAGGGGAAACGCUGCAUUUUGAAUAGGAUUUGCAGCUUGAGCCAUAGCAGCAGCCAGAGCAGUAGCAACAGCAUGUUGUCUUCUGAGAGUACACAAUGGAAAUCAAAAGAGGAGAGAGAGUACAUAAUGCUGGGGCUACCAGUGGUGGGCGGUAUCAGUGCUGAGUUCUCUAAUGUAAAAAGAGCAGCCACAAUAGACCAUGAAGCCUUCAUUAGCACUUGCUCAGCCCUCAAUGUCCGAGCUAUGGAAAUUUGGAAACUCCUGGCACAAUGUGGCACUGGUAAAGGAAGAGGAUUUAUAACACAGAUGGAGGGUUUUCUCAAAGCAGCUGUGGAAGAAUUGAAGAGUGUGAAGGAAGAGCAAACAAGGGUCAUGGAUCUUGUGCAGAGAACUACAGAGUAUUACCAAGCAGGGGCUUCAAAGGACAAAAGCGCUCACCCACUUCAACUAUUUGGCAUAGUAAAUGAUUUUCUAGGUAUGGUUGAUCAAGUUUGUGUUGAUAUUGCUAAAAACCUGCAGAAAAGAAAAACAGCAACAGCAACCGGAAGUGCAGGGUUGUCUUCCCCCAAGUCACCAGCAUCGAACAUUACAGUUAAGUUCCCAAACUUGCCACCGCAUUUCAUGUCAGACAAGUCUAGGAGUGAUUCUAGCGAUACAGAUGAUGAUUUCUAAAUGGGUAUUGCUGUGAAACGAUGUACAUAGACCACUUCAAACGAUGUACUGUUUUUUUUUUUUUAUUCAACAUUUUAGUGACUUUAGGUAACUAAAUCCAUCCUUGAGAAUAUCAU